AUGUCGGACGCGGAGAAGCCAGAGGAGACGCCGGUGGAGGAUCAGCCUCGUGCGCAAGAGGGGGAGGCAGGCCCCAACGAUGAGGUUCAAAUCUCAGCCAUGAAGCGCCGUGUGGCCGAGAUGGAAGAGGAGGCCAAGAAGCUUCGCGAGAUGCAGGGCACGCUGGAGCAGCAGUCAGCCGACCUGGCGGACGACAAAGAAUCUGUCGAUUCGCGCAGCAUCUUUGUCGGCAACGUCGACUACUCUGCCUCGCCCGAGGAGAUUCAGGCGCAUUUCCAGAGCUGCGGGUCUAUCAACCGCGUCACCAUUCUGCUCGACAAGUUUACCGGUCAGCCUAAGGGAUACGCCUACGUCGAAUUCACCGAGCCCAGCCUCGUGGCACAAGCCCUUGUCCUCAACGAGAGCGUCUUCAAGGGACGCAGCAUCAAGGUGACGCCCAAGCGCACCAACGUGCCCGGGAUGAGCCGCGGCCGCGGCCGUGGAGGCUUCCGCGGCGGUGGCCGAGGAUUCCGUGGCGGAGGUGGCUUUCCCCCUCGUGGCGGUUACCGCGGCGGAUACCGGGGCCGCGGACGGGGUUACACCCCUUACUAG